AUAAACUAGUUUACAUUUUCCAGGAACUAUUUGAAAUGGCCCCUCCUUUGGUCCACCUUUUUAGAGCGUAUGUGUUUCUUGGCUGUGGUUUUGACUCCUUCUCCUAAUCACUUCCAGUUUGGGCCUUGGUCCAUGCUUUCUUCUGAUGGUGAGUGCUGAUAGUUGGCAUAUCUAGAAGGUUUCCUCAUCCUGUGUUUAUUGGAUGUUAUCCCAUCCAAGCAGGCAUUUUAACACAAGCAUAGCUAUUUCACUAUGUCUAAGCUUAAUUGACAGUAGAAAUAGAAAUUAUAUAACAAAGUUACUUUAACAUCACACAUAUCAAAUCCAUUUAAAUAUUUGUGAAAAGUCAAUAUUAUAAUAUGUAUCUGUAACAGCUGGUCUGCUCAGGCACAUCCAGCAUCAUAUUCCCUGGCCUUUCCCUGGACAAGGGGAAUUUUUGCUGUCUGGUACUUAGACCCCAGGCUGCAUCCUCUGAUCCCUAGGGCAGAAGUAGAUGAUUGAUUCUGUUAGGAUCACUGUCUGGGACCACAGUGAUCCUAACAGAAGGGAUGGCAGGAUCCUUGUAGCAUUGCCUGUAAGGAGAUCCCCGUGCAUGAAUACCUCCUGACCCUGUACCGUUCCUUUGUUCAGAAACCCCCAUGAAACACCCUCCUACCCGAGAUCUGGGGCAAGACCUGGCACAGUCCGUUUCUGCCAGCUGUCUUUCAGGCUGUGUGUGACAAUUCCAACCCGUUGAAUUGCCUAGGAAGGGAGCACUCCCAAACAUGAGGCACCAUCAGAGGUAUUAGCAGGGAGAUGGGGUGGGUUGAGAUGGGAGAAAUCCUACACCCUCCUCAUAGAUCCUCCAAGAGGAAAACCUGAAAAUCAGGGCAUCCAGCCCUGCCUCCUGUCCCUGUUGACCGAGUGUGUCAGCAGAUACUGUGUCCUCCACCUGCACACCCUGGCAGCACUGUGAGCAGUGUCAGGCCCCCACACCCGCUGUCCCACAGCCCCGUCUGUGGGAAGGUCACCCCUGUUCCUGGAGACUGUCCAGGGUUCACAGGGAGCACAGUCAGGGUUCAUAGUGGGGUCAGCUGACUCACUCCAUCCCUCCCUUGUCGCCGGGAGUUGGAAUCACCGCCCUCCAUAGCCUGUGUUUAUUAUCCCCGUGGGACCUUUGUGCCGGCUGGGAGCGGCGUGUUGACGUUUCUCGCAUGCCCAUGGUGAGGGCGCGGUCUCACCUCUCAGGUGUCACCCCUGCCCGCCGCACCCCUGCUCAAAGGGGCAGGGCCCCGUUAUUUAAGGAUGGCCUACAGCCGGGAGAGCCAUGCCAAGGACGGGGAUCCCGAGUGCUGCCGACGUUGCUUCUUCUGGGAGCUCUUCCACAGCUUGGAGACCACUGAGGAUGUGUGAUCCCAACCAAGGAUACCCUGGUCCUGGCACAGGUCCCUACCCUGGUGGCGUGGCAGUCUGCCCUGCUCCGCCGGUCCAGCACCCCCAUGGGCACCCCCCAUCGGGGCAUCAUCCUCACGGACACCAGGAGCACCAUAAGAAGCAUGAUAAGAAGCACCAUAAGAAGCACGAUAAGAAGAAGCAUGACAAGCACCAUGAAGGCAAGCCCUCUGGCAGCUCAAGCAGCAGCUCUGACUCUGACUAAAGGUCUGGCAUAUUCCACCUGCUCCAUGGUGAUCAGCAAAAGAUGAGGCCAAACUCCUCGUGGGAACCCCCUGCAUGUCAAUCCUCUCCCUCCCCCUUUCCCCUGGAGCAGUGUUUUGCCUGCUGAGUGAUUUUUCUUGCGUGCAAGAGUUUCCAAAUCGUUUGACCUGGAAUCUCCAAGUUAAUGGACAACAUUUCUACCCUUUAUCUUCCGGGAGAGCCUGCUGAAAGUCAUCACAUGUUGUUUUCCAA